GCUGUGCUAAUUGUUUUGCAGCUCCCAAUGAAAUCUUUUUCUCUAUGAAGGAUCUUCAGCCUCCAGAAAAAUAUGGCUGGUUAUCAGUCUUUUGCAAUCUCCUGCAACCGAAAUCAAAUUUGCUGCCAAAAGAACUAUCUGAUGAGAAAUCUAUGCUGAUUAAGCUUUCAAAGUGCCCAUUUAACCACGAAGAUCCGUUCCACAUGCAAAUGAUCUCCACAUUGUUCAAUAAACUUACUGGUUUAAACAGUCCUGCAGCUCUUGGAAGUCACUGGGAAAUAGUUGGAUUUCAGGCACUUUAUUUCUAUAGUUCACUAUCAUUCAGACUGUUUAAUUUACUUUUCACAUGUGUUUUUACCCUGCGACAGAUUUUAGGGAAGUUGGAAUCCUAGCUUCUGCAACCAUUGGCUGUGUGUUUGUGUGUUGAAACAUUGGCUUUCAUGUCCAAUGUAGUGAGCCUUUCAAAUAGUCCUAGUCAAGGUUUUCCGUUCAUGGUUUUGAGUUUAAAUGUGUCAAAUAUUGUACUAAAAGCUUUAAAAGAUGGAGUUUUAGACUCUGUUGUUAUACUACGUUGUAGUAUGUUGUAAGUACUGUUGUAGAGUAUGUUUGUUAUAAUGCUUACCCUAGUAGAACAUGAUAUCUUUUAGAGAUCUCUUAGAUGUCCACAUCACUUGUAUCUAUUUUACUUUAUCUAAGAUAUGUCUAAGAUAGCUUAUAGAUAUAUAUAACUAGAUAUAUUUCAAGGUAUCUUGCACAUAGACAUAAGAUAUGUUUCUAAACACGUACGUACGGCAUAAAAAAUUUUGGUUUUGUAUUUUAUCGCUGACGACGAUGCGCUGAAUUAAUAUAGGAGGGAACGUUACGGAUUAAACACAAUAAAUAAAAAUAUAAUAUACCGUUUAAUCAAUGCAGAUGUAUUGUUUAUAUAUGACACACGUUUGAUACA